UUACGUAUUUCAUGUUUCCAUAUUUCAAAACAAGCCCAUGUUUUAGAGAAAGAGUUGGUGACAAUUAUGAGAGUGAUCGAAUUUUUCACAAAAACUUCAACUGUGUGUUUUCUUGAAAGAGUUGAUUUCCUAUUGAAUUCUAUGUACUUCAGAUUAAAGUUAUUCAACUAUUUUUUAUUUAAUUAGGAUGGUAAAAAAAUUGAACUCUUAUAAUUCAAGAGUGAAUAUUGUCUAUUGGUUUAAAUUUUCUUGUUUGUCGAUAGUUUGUCUAUUCGCAUUUUUCUUGUUUGUCGGUUGUUUGUAGUAAUAUCAGUGAUACUGUAUAUUGGUUUAAAUUUUCCUUUUGCGCAUAAAUAUCCAUGAGUAUAGGGAUGGAAGAAUCAGAGGAAAAUAAUAGAGUCAGAUGGAACAAUACUGAAGUAGAUAAAUGUUUUCUCGAAGCGUGUAUCCAAGAAGUUGCACUAAAUGGCAGGGAAGGAGGAAGCCUUAAGGCUGAAUCUUGGACCAAGAUUAUGGAUACUCUCAAGAAAAAUUAUAAUUUUGUGGUUUCUCAAAGACAAAUGAAGAAUAGAUACGACUACUUAAAACAAAAGUAUCAAGCUUGGUUACCGUUAACUAUGAAAACAGGCAAUAUUUACAAUCAUGCGACCAAUACCAUCAACAUGACAAAGGAUGAGUGGACAGAGUAUAUAAAGGCUCAUCCUAAGGCAAGGAGUUUAAGACUUGCCCCCUUACCGUAUCCUGACCUUUGUAGAGCACUAUUUGAUGGAACCACUGCUACAGGGAUUCAUUCUUGGGGACCUAGUUCCCAAGAUCCAAAUCCUGGUACUAGCUCAUUUUCUUCAACUGUUCGAAAUGCAGAACAACAUGACAUAGAAGAUAUUUUGUUUGGUGAUGAAGAUGAAAAUUUUGUCCCUACCACAGACACUCAGAGUAAUGAUUCCAACCAUCAGUCACGAGGAGAAAAACCUAAAAAGAAAAAGAAAAAGAUCCAACCUUCAUCUAGUGAUAAUAAUUUAGUAGAAGAGAUGUCAGCUGCUUUGAAGUUUAUGAUAAAAAAUAAUAGUGGACCGUCAGUUACAGAUUGCAUUGCUAAAUUGGAUGAACUAGGAUGGGAUAAAGAAGACAUCUUUUAUGUCUCUGCUGUUGUGAUAUUUGGUAGUUGUGCGGGACAUAGAGAAGCUUGGAUGGUGUUUCCUAAGGAUAAUGUGGGUGUUCUGAAAGCAUGGAUUAAAAGAAUUGGAGAAAACAUGGGAUUUGAAUUUUAACUUGCAAGGACUUAUGUAGAUUAAUUUGAAGACUUCAGUAGUAUUUAUUUUUAAUGAAUUUGUUUUAAUUUCCGUACAAUAGUUAUGAACUUUGCAUUUUUUUGAUAUUUAAUAAUGAUAGACUUUGUUUUAUAUUUGUCUUGUGAGUUGAAUUCUCUUUAUGAUUUAAUUAUGUGUUUAAGAAAUAUUGAUUCUCAAAUAUUUAAUGUAUUAUUCAUUUAUGUUAACAGGUUAAAUAUGGAAAUUUAUGAGAUUAUGAUAUUGAUGAUGAUCUAUUGGUACACACAAAUUCGACCGAGACAUUUAAUGCGUGUACCAAGAAAUAUAGAUAACAACUCAGCAUUGUCCGGUCAUGCUUACACGUUAGAGCUAUUGUCUGGGUCAGACACACAAUGUAUGGAUUUAAUGCGCAUGUCUCGUAUUGCGUAUAUUCGCUUGAGUAUGCAUUUUAGACAAAGAGGGUGGCUACAUGAUAGUAAACAUAUAUCUGUAGAAGAAAAAAUGGCAAUGUUCUUGCAGAUUAUUGGGCAUAGUAAGCGUCUUCGUGUGGUGAAGCGUAGAUUUCAACACUCUUCACAAACAGUUCAUGCGUGUUUUCACGAAGUGUUACGUGCAAUGAUGAAUAUGGCAAGGGAGGUAAUAGUACCCACAACAUUUGACCCAAAUCCAAACAUUUCAGCAAGUUUUAGGAGAUUAAACCGCAUUU